AUAAACUCGCCUGAAAACAGGUGUUUGCUUGGGUGAGCCACACCCCUCCUUUCCUGGCUUUCUUCACCUCCAACCUCCAACCUCACUUCCAUCACCAUUAUCGUCGCCAAUCGAGAUCCAGCUAUCCACCGGUGGCAUAUGGCCAUCAGCAGUUUGCGAGAACCUAAUGAGCCGGAAUUAGGACGACGACCGGCACGUUUCUGGCCGUCCUUUUGGGUAUCAAAUCGAGCACACACGCCUUAGAGCUGCUGUGCAUGCAGCCGACGCGAUCAAGCACUUUUAGUGGCGGGCCCCCAAAUUAUGAUCCCUGCCUUCUCACUUCAACAAGGCUGAGAAUAAACCCGACUUUUGAGCCUCUUCAACCUUUCAACCACUCUUGGAACCAUGUCUUCGCAGACCCCCAAGUCUGCCGAGUCUGCCAUCCAGGAAGCUCGCCGGCACUAUGCGGAAAAGCGCUUCAAGCCUGCCCUUGAGCAUUUCACCAGGGCCAUGAAACUCUGCCCCUGUGCUCGUGGCAUGAAGCGGGAACGAUGCACCUGCAAGAACUUCGAGAAGGUUGCACUCGAAGGCGGCUCUAUCUUCAACGAGGCAAUGUACACUUGCCAAUGUUCGGUGGGCAAGACUUUCAACAAGUGCGAAAACCUAUUGCAUAUCCAGGCCUUGGACUACCGUGCAGCAACGUUUGAGGCGCUUCAGGAACUUGCCCGUGCUCAGAGGGACGCCGAAUGGAUUCUGGAGCUGGCUCCCCGACUGCUCGAGGGAUAUCUCCGCCUUGGAAAAGUUGCUCGACUCCAGAAGAAAUACGAGUUUGCGUGGAAUGUUUACAAUGCCGGCAUCGAAGUCGGCAAACACCACGGGCUAGUCGCGAACCCCAAGAUGCAGACCCUCUACACCUUGAGGCAACCUCUGCAUCGCCGAUUCUCUCGUCGAGAUCCUCUUAAAAAUCCCCAGGAAAUUGUUCAGCGCAUCUUCCACUUCGUUGACUUUUCCAGUCUCGUACGAUGUCUCCGUGUUUCUAAGGCCUGGAGACAAUAUCUCAGCGGCCGUGGGAACGGGCGCCUGUGGCGGUCGUUGGAGUUCACGAAGCCAUUUCCGCAUCGAUUCGCUCCGAGUACUGCUACCAUAAAAAAGCUGCUGUCGUAUUCCGGCAACGACGCUCGGGAACUAGUCAUUAGCAGUACGAUGCGAUUUCGGCUCAACCAACCGAAAUUCCUUGCCAUAUUGCAAGGCUCCUGGAAUCUAGAGCGGCUGAGUCUGAGUGGUGUCGCCGACGAGGAAAUCGAGAUUCCUCAACGGCCUGGCGUUCUCGGUAAGCUCACUCACGUCUACCUCGAGGAGUUCGUUUCUGCAAGGCCCAAGUUAUUAGGGCCUUUAAUGAGCAAGUCUGCAGAGACCCUACAGUCUCUGCAUAUCGCUGGCCUGCCCCAAUUCGGUAGCAGAACGGACCUAGGGAUGCCCAACAUGCCUCAGCUCAAAUACCUUCGGCUGGAAGAACAUAGCAGGCCCUACCCUCUGAGGCUUGAGAUUUUCGUCGUCGCUGCUAAAACCCCACAUCUGCAACAACUUUGGCUUGGUGAUGUGCAACUCGGCUCUGGUGGCCUCCAUGGCGACCAAAACGGCCGAAUCAGCACAAUCUGGAGAGACCUCAGGACCGUAAUAGUCACGGGCACUACGGAUUACGACCCGGAGACCUCAGAAAACAUCCAAAGAUUGGUCUCAAUACGACGAGGGGCCAACUUACAUCACAUAGACUUCAACUUUCGCUGGAAAUACGACGAUCAUGGGCCAUUGGCGCUCAGAACGUUAUCCGAUACCUUUGACCAGGGUCCAGGAUCAGUCUCAGCCGACGACUUCGACCAGAGCAACCACUACGACGACCUCCGCUCCCUGCGCCUGACUCGAGCAUUGAUCGCCCCGGCAAAGCUCCAGCAAGUCCUUGGCAACACCAUCCUCGCCGGCAACCUCCACACACUGGACCUCGUCUUCCCACUCGAAUCCUUUGGCAGCACUGAGGGCGUAACCAGCGCACAGCACCUCCGCGAGCACGAGUGGCUGCGUGGCGCUGCCUCAAUCCGCUGUCUUGGCGUCUUCGAGUUCCGGUUUCGCUCACAUCCUAGGGAUGACGAAGACCUGCCACUGCCCGCGUUUCUCGCCAGCUUUCCAAACCUGGAGACGCUCGAGAUCAACUCGGGCCACUACGAAGGUCCCGAGUUCUGCACCGUCAUUCAAGCCAUCCUAAAGGUCACCAAGCUUCGCACCAUCUACCAAACAGUCGUGCAGGGCGUCAUGCUAGAUAAACUCAGGACAUUGACGACCAAGGCAGGGGUGACUUUGGUGUCAGGAGAGAGGCAACGAACAUGGCCCAUGCCUAUAGAGAACUGAACCUCUGUAUCUAGGAUCACUAGUCUUGCAACGGUGCAACCAGAGACAGGCGCGGUCCUUGCUUGGUGGUUUGGUACAAUGCGUUCUUAUAUUCGCGAUGAUCGUGGGAUUUGGAAGUGUGUUUUGUAUCCAUGAGUCGGUUUAUAUCAGCCUCUCAAGGCAGCCUAUGCGUAGGUAGGUGCCUAGCUAAGUCUGUCAUGUAUCCUAAAUAGACUACGACUAGUUCGUUGGGUGCCGUUUUAGGUAGAGUAUUGCUAUUCGCACAGGCAAGCUCCUUUGCUAAAGCCUCCUACCUAAGCAGGACUAAAGUACCUACGGCACAAAUGACUAAAGAGUAGGCUAAAUACUUACUUAGCUUUUUAUUAAAUGAGAC